CCGGCUGUGCAGUUGACCGCAUUUGCUCAGCUCAGUGAGGAGCUGAUCCGCCCGGGAAAUUUGAGCUGCUUUCGAGUCGUUCGUUCUGGAUACCCGGUAUUUCAGCUCCUCUCCGCCUAUGCCCUCGAGAACCUUUCGCUUGGGCUUCUGUAAAGUUCCAUUCGUGGGGAUCCUCGGGUCGACCGAUGCUGCGGAGGAAUUUGCUGUCGUAAGAAACUGCCGUACCAUUCCCCCGGUCAUCACCGAGGCAUACACCCCCAAGGGCACCUACUCGGAAUUUGGUGGUGUGAAGACUUACAUCGCCGGGCCGACCAACGCCAGCAUUGGCAUUAUUGAUGUUUAUGACAUCUUCGGUAUCUCCAGCCAGACCCUCCAAGGAGCCGACCUGCUCGCUGCCCGCCUCAAUUCAGUUGUGUUGGUCCCGGACUUCUUCAACGGUGGGGGUGCUGCAGCUGAGUGGUUUCCCCCGGACACGGAAGAGAAGAACAAGAAGCUGUGGGGUUUUAUUAACACUCACGCAUCCAUCCCGGAAAAGGUCGAGAUCCUGAAGAAAGUCAUUGCCGAAUCUACGCCCCGGUUCUCAUCGGUGAAGGGCUGGGCUGGCUUUGGUUUGUGUUGGGGUGGAAAGGUUACCGUUCAAAUCUCGGGCCUCGACUCCCCCUUCCUAGCAUCUGCGCAGGUUCACCCCGGGUUGAUGGAUGUCGAGGAGGCCCGGAAGCUCACCAUUCCGCAUAUCGUCCUCGCAUCCAAGGAUGAACCGGUCGACGCCGUCAAGGCGUACUCGGAGAUUAUUGCCAGCAAUGGCAUUGGCGGACACGUUGAGACCUACACUACCAUGUGGCAUGGCUGGAUGGGUGCCCGUGCCAACCUCACAGUGGAGGAGGGCUCGGCAGAGUAUAAACGGGAAUACAAUCAGCUAGCUGAUUUCUUUGAGAAGCAUCUCAAGUCUGAAGCGAAGAUCUAG